UUAGUUUUAUUCAAAUGACUUAAGUACUUGUUAAGAAUACAUAAUUUUAUAAAAAUAAAGGUUUUAAAGGGUUUUUAAUUCACCAGGAGAUACGAUGUCGAUCUCUGAUUUGUUUGGUCUUAGUUCACCAAGAGGAUUACUUGGAAAUUUUUAUGGAAACGGCAGACUAUCAACACCAUCAACUAACAUUCCAUUCAAUGCUGAUGAUAAAUACCUUGGUGGAUCAUCUGAUAACGCAUUUGCUCCUCUGAGAGGUGCCCAGAGAGGCCUUCUGCCAUCAGGAGUUCCCAUUAGUCCUUACAAUAAUGGACGUAAUAUUCGCAGCACUUCUUUGAGUGAUAGCAAUGGCAGUAAUAGUCCGGGUGUCAGUGAUACCAACAGUAACAACAAUAAUUCACGUUCAAACACUCCUGAAGUAGACACAAGUAUACUGUCAACACCCGAUGAAAAUAUCAAUGAGAAUACAUUUUCUUUGGGAGAACUCGAUUUAAACAGUCUCCAAAAUUUACAGACGAUUCAAUAUUUGAAAUAUUUGCAAACUCCUCCUGCAGUUCUUAAUUCCCUACUGCCACCAUGUGCUCGCCAUGCUGCCCAGUCGGUUUUGAAAAAAUACAAUAAUGCUAGCCCAUUGAAUUUGGUCGGUCACACCCAAGACCUUCAGCUUGACAGAAUUGCCCGCUUUCAUCGUACGGCUGCUUCUGUCUUCGAUGCCACCUGCACAUGGAGUGGAGUGUUGCCGCCGCGUACGACCAAACCGAUUGGUUAUUCAAGCAAAGUGUUCCUGGGAGGUGUUCCGUGGGACAUUUCCGAACAGUUGCUCGUCCAAACGUUCAAACCUUUCGGGAAUAUACGUGUUGAGUGGCCGGGGAAAGAGAAACAGGCUUCCCAACCCCGUGGUUACGUCUAUAUAAUAUUCGAGUCGGAGAAGAAUGUGAGAGCACUGUUGCAAGCAUGUUCCAGCGAUCCAAACAAUUCGGGAAACUGGUUCUUCAAGAUAUCUUCCAAAAGGAUGCGUUCUAAGGAGGUUCAGAUAAUUCCCUGGAUUUUAAACGACUCCAACUACACCAAGUCUACGUCUCAAAAAUUGGAUCCAAGCAAGACUGUUUUCGUUGGUGCACUUCACGGCAUGCUGAACGCUGAGGGUUUGGCCAAAAUAAUGAACGAUCUGUUCGACGGUGUCGUCUAUGCUGGCAUAGACACAGACAAGUACAAGUAUCCGAUUGGAUCUGGUCGAGUCACAUUCAAUAAUAACAGAUCCUACAUGAGAGCUGUCGCUGCGGCUUUCAUCGAAAUAAAAACAGAAAAGUUCACCAAGAAGGUACAAGUCGAUCCUUACUUGGAAGAUUCGUUGUGCUCGAUGUGCGGUGUCCAACAGGGUCCAUAUUUUUGUCGCGAACUGAUGUGUUUUCGCUACUUUUGUCGCACCUGUUGGCAGUGGCAGCACAAUCAGGAACUGCGCCAUCACAAGCCGCUCAUGCGCAACUCCAAGACGAGCAACCUCGUGGGCUUGGGAAGCGGCGGCAACGCCGGAACCGGAAACGGCAUCGGUGCAUCCUCUUUGCCUUCUCAAUAAAUUAGAUCCGAAAAUGCGUGCUACUCUACUCUGCUCUUCUCAUUACUUACUUUUAAAAAAUUCCCAAGACGGUGCAACGCGACCGAUUACUACGUCAAACAAAACACACAUACAAUAGCAAUAAAAAUCAAAAUAAAUAUCAAACGCUCACAUUAUACAUACGUACGUAUGUACACGUGGCAGGGUCGCGGCGCUAUUUCUUAAUUAACAGUAAAAAUACAGUACGUUUAAUUACGUAAUUGAAACACUUUUAUCUGCUUUUGGCCAUGCGAACUCUCAUUUAUUAUCUUUAUCUUUCUAUUGUCUCUUUUUUCGUUUGCAUUUAUGUUAUUGGAGCAGUAUACAUAUGAUAAAUAUGAAGAUGCAUUUGUUGGGGUGUAACGCCCUGUGCAUCAGGUCGUUCGUUACUUGUCGGUACAGUCCUUAGGUAAAGUUAAUAAUGAUGAAAAUGGGUGAAUCAAAAAUGUGCCUUUUUACAGAAAAAGAUAAAAUGGAAAGUGUUGUGUAAGUAUAAAAUAUUUAACUUUAACUUUGAAGUACGUAAAAAAAUUGAUAAGUAAUUACGGUGAACGCAACGUUAAAUGGAGUUAAGUGCUCUAGUGCAAUUUGUGGAUGGGUAAUUAAAUAUUAAAUUAAUGAUUUUACAAGGGACUUUGACAAUUUUACCGUACUAAUAUUUAAAAACAGUGGUUUUAUGAACAUAUCUAUUACAAUAAAUAUUAUGAAUUCACUACCAAAAAGUUUAAUUAACUUAGCGUUGUAUUUGUUAAAAAUUGGUAAUUGUGCAGAUGAUGGGGCUCCCUUUCGGGUUUUGGUAUCUUUCUAGAUAGUGAUAGAAGGGUGGAAACGGAAAGGUAUAGGUGAAAAUUGGUAAGGGCGUGAAUGAAAAGUGAUAUUGUAUAACAAGUUUUAAAAAAAAGAGGAUGGUGAAGGCGUGUAAGUGAAAAAUCGAAAAUUUGAAAAUAAAUAUCUCCCCUAGAUCUACUAAUUUAAAUAGUUGGAGCGAUUUUAGCCAGAAAAC